UGAGUUUUUGUUUUGGUCUGAAAUUGUGGAUUUGUCAAGCAUGGAAAGCAUUUCCGGUCUUGGUAAAGAAGAAGAAGAGAAGUUGGGAUUGCCUCCCGGAUUUCGAUUCCAUCCGACCGACGAAGAGCUUAUAUCACACUACUUGUCCCAGAAAGUACUUGAUAGUUGUUUCAGCUGUAGAGCUAUUGGUGAGGUUGAUUUGAACAAGAGUGAGCCUUGGGACUUACAGGGGAUGGCGAAAAUGGGUGAGAAAGAAUGGUAUUUUUUCUGUGUGAGAGACAGAAAGUACCCAACAGGGUUGAGAACAAACAGAGCAACUGAUGCUGGUUAUUGGAAAGCGACCGGGAAAGAUCGAGAGAUUUAUAAGGCUAAAACACUUGUUGGGAUGAAGAAAACUCUUGUUUUCUACAAAGGAAGAGCACCAAAAGGAGAAAAAACCAACUGGAUUAUGCAUGAAUACAGAUUGGAAGGCAAAUAUUCAGUCUACAAUCUCCCCAAAACAGCCAAGAAUGAGUGGGUUAUUUGCAGGGUGUUUCAAAAGAUUUCAGGUGGAAAGAAGACACAUAUUUCUGGACUAAUGAGGGUGAGUUCCGGUGGCAACGAAUUCCUCCAGUCGUCGUCGUCGGUAUUGCCUCCAUUGACUGAUUCAUCUCCAAACAUCAGUGACAACAGAACCACCGACACCAUAGUUGAUAAUACACCUCAUGUGACCUGCUUCUCCAAUCCAAUAUUGGAGGAUCGUAAAUCCCCUGCAUCGACACUAUUGGAAAAGUCCUCUGUUCCAAUCUCUUCUUUAUUUUCCUCUCAAUUUGCACCAAAUUUGGGAAAUCUGCAGUACCCAGAUAGUGUUUUGAUGCCUGAACAGUCUAUAUUCAGGUUUUUGAUUGACAACUAUUGUGGAAACACGAAGGAGAACUCAAAAGAAUUCUCACCAGCAACCGAUAUCUCUUCGGUUGUGUCAAAUCAUGAUUUGGUUGAUGAUCCAUCAAGUUCAGAUGGACCAGUAGACCUUGAUUGUCUGUGGAAUUAUUGAAGAUUGGAGUUGGAGGUAAAGAACAUAGAAGAAGAAGUAUAUUUUUUUGGAAUUGUCGAUUACCGUCAUGAAAAUUGGGACGUGUGUUUCAGUGUAUGUAGAUUCUCAGCUUCCAAACAAGUAACAACAAGUGAAGGUAUAUGUUUUGUAAUUUGUAGUAGUAGAUAUUGAACACCUUGUAGCAGGCUUUUCUCUUGUGUUUUUUUCUUUCCCUCCCUUUUUAUUUAAUCUAGAUUGCACUCUCAUGUUGUCAACUUGCUUGUAUAUAAGAAUUCAUGCCUUAUAUUAGUAUUUUUUAUUUGAAUUAGUAGACUGAAUU